UACCUAUGGACACUAAGGGGCUAAUACAUAAAAUCUCCAAGGAGGUGGAAAAAACUAUAAAGAAGGAAAUAAGCGAACUUAACCAAUCUCUGCAAUUUCACAGUACGAAGUUGGAUGAAGUAUUAGGUUGUAUUGAUGCCUUUAAAAAUACCAUAAAAGCUUUAGAAAGAAAAAACACGGAACUAUUACAAAAAAACAACAAUCUCGAAUUGAGGGUAGGCGUAUUGGAGCAGCGUUUCCAUGAGAUGGAACAGAAGAAACUUGCUAAUUCUAUAGAAAUAGCAAACGUCCCCCCUGCGAGCGAAGAGAAUGUGAUAAAAUUAGUUGAAAAUGUAGCAUUAAAACUUAAACAGCCCUUCGACGGUAUCCGUAACUCAAUGCGAUACCAAGGUAAAUACGACCAACCCGGCAUUAUACGAGUUAAACUUACUGAUAAAGCGAGCCAAGAAAAGUGGAUUAAAGCUGCAAAAACCAUUAAAACUAUGGUGGCCGAUGUUUGCCCCUAUGAACCCAACAAUAACAAAAUAGUAUUCAUCAGGGAAGCAAUGACUAAAUCCAACAAAAGCAUUUUAUGGGAAGCCAAGCAGGAAUUAAAGAACAAACAAAACUAUAAAUACGUUUGGUUUAAAAACGGUAUGGUUCGUGCAAGAAAGGAUGAUAACACAAAAAUAGAAAACUUAAGAUCUAUAUUGGAUAUACAAGCGUUAAAAAAAAAAGACAGAAUGUCAAUUAACUGCCCAAAUUAAAUUGCAUAUAAAUUAUUAUUAUUAAUAUGGAUAGUUUAACUAGUGAUAUUUGUGAAUUAGAAGACUGUAUAAACAUAAAUGAUUUCGUGAGUAAAAU